GCUGGCAGAGAACAGAGACCCAGAGACAGGCAGUGAGAAGGUAGCUGACCAAGCCACAGAACAGAACCAACCCCACCGAGAAUCUCCAGCAGGACGACAGACGCUUAGGCCACACCUGCUACAGACCCCAAACACCCCACCAGCCAAGCCGGACCCUUGAAGAAUGGCCAACGCGCAGACACAGGCGGCCCCCACACCAACCAUCCCAAUGGCGACUACAGAGGACCUAUCCCUCCCUCCACCCCAGGUCCUGGAGGAUCUGCCACCACCGCCACCCAAGGAGUCCUUCUCUAAGUUCCACCAGCAGCGGCAAGCUGGAGAGCUCCGCCGCCUCUACAGGCACAUCCACCCUGAGCUCCGCAAAAACUUGGCCGAGGCCGUGGCCGAGGACCUGGCUGAGGUCCUGGGCUCUGAGGAGCCCACGGAGGGUGAUGUCCAGUGCAUGCGCUGGAUCUUUGAGAACUGGCGGCUGGAUGCCAUUGGCGAUCAUGAGAAGCCAGCUGCCAAAGAGCCUGUGCCAGGCGGAGACGUCCAGGCCACUUCCCGAAAGUUUGAGGAAGGAUCCUUUGCCAACAGCACAGAGCGGGAGCCAGGAGGACCCCGGCCAUCAGGAGGUGAUGUUCGUGCAGCCCGGUGGCUCUUUGAGACCAAGCCACUAGAUGAGCUGGGGGGCCAAGAGGAGACAACAGAGCCUACUGUGAGGGAACCUGCGGCCAGUGGAGAUGUGAAGGGUACUAAGAUGCUCUUUGAGACGCGGCCGCUGGACCGCCUGGGCUCCCGCCCCUCCAUCCAAGAGCAGAGCCCCUUGGAGCUGCGCUCAGAGAUCCAGGAGCUGAAGGGCGAUGUGAAGAAAACCGUGAAGCUGUUCCAAACAGAGCCACUGUGUGCUAUCCAGGAUGCAGAAGGGGCCAUCCAUGAGGUCAAGGCCGCAUGUCGAGAAGAGAUCCAAAGCAACGCAGUGAGGUCUGCCCGCUGGCUCUUUGAGACACGACCUCUGGAUGCCUUCAACCAAGACCCCAGCCAGGUGCGGGUAAUCCGGGGGAUCUCCCUAGAGGAGGGGGCACGGCCCGAUGUCAGUGCAACACGUUGGAUCUUUGAGACGCAGCCCCUGGAUGCCAUCCGGGAGAUCUUGGUGAAUGAGAAGGACUUCCAGCCAUCCCCAGACCUUAUUCCUCCUGGCCCAGAUGUUCAGCAGCAGCGGCAUCUGUUUGAGACACGAGCCCUGGACACUCUGAAGGGGGAAGAGGAGGCUGGAGCAGAGGCUCCACCUAAGGAAGAGGUGGUCCCUGGUGAUGUUCGCUCCACCCUGUGGCUAUUUGAGACAAAACCUCUGGACACUCUCAGAGACAAGGUCCAAGUGGGUCACCUGCAGCGGGUGGGCCACCAGGAGGGUGAAGGACUCAUGUGUGAGCAUCUACCCAAUGAUGGCUCCUCAGCACUGUCUCUGUCUCAGGGUGUGCCCCAGAGAGAUGGGGUGAAGGGGGAUGUGAAGACCUUCAAAAACCUUUUUGAGACCCUUCCCCUAGAUAGUAUUGGACAGGGUGAGCCUUUGGUCCCAGAUAGUGCAAACGGAUCAGAAACAACUGAUUCUGCUAGACAGUCCCAGGGUGUAGGAUCCCCAGUAUAUGCCAUGCAGGACAUCAAGGGUCGCCUCCAUGCCCUGACCUCUGUCAGCAGAGAGCAGGUAGUGGGAGGUGAUGUGAAGGGCUACCGAUGGAUGUUUGAGACACGGCCUCUAGAUCAGCUGGGUCGAAGCCCUAGUACCAUUGAUGUAGUACGAGGCAUCACCCGGCAGGAAGUGGUGGCUGGGGACGUUGGCACUGCUCGGUGGCUUUUUGAGACCCAGCCCCUGGAGAUGAUCCACCAGCGGGAACAGCAAGAACGACUGGAAGAGGAGAGAAAGAAUCAAGAAGGCCCCAAGUCUGAGACUCCCCCAAAGGGCGAUGUGCAGACCAUCCGGUGGUUGUUUGAGACAUGCCCAAUGAGUGAGCUGGCAGAGAAGCAGGGGUCAGAGGUCACAGAUCCCACAACCAAGGCUGAGGCCCGGUCCUGCACCUGGAUGUUCAAGCCUCCACCCCUGGACCAGGCAGAGGGCUCCAGGGAGAAGCACCUGCAGGUCAGUCAGGUCCAGGCUGGGGAAAGACAGACAGAUGGACAUGUCUUUGAGACUGAACCUCUACAAGCCUCUGCAGGCCGUCCCUGUGGAAGAGGACCUGUGCGAUACUGCAGCCGGGUGGAGAUCCCUUCAGGACAGGUGUCUCGUCAGAAGGAGGUUUUCCAGGCCCUGGAGUCAGGGAAGAGAGAAGAUCAGGGGGUCAAGAUAACCCCGGGCCCCAUCGCCGAAGGUUCUGUACACAAGUUCACCUGGCUCUUCGAGAAUUGCCCCAUGGGCUCCCUGGCAGCUGAGAGCAUCCGAGGGGGCAAUCUCCAGGAGGAGCAGCCCGGGAGACCCUCAGAAAAUGGGAUGCUAGAGAAGCAAGAGACUGCAGCAGAGUUGACCCUGAGGACACUGCAUGCCACACCUGGCAUCCUGCACCAUGGGGGCAUCCUCAUGGAGACCCGAGGGCCAGGGGACCUCUGCCUUGCUAAGUACAUGCUCCCCAGCCCAGGGCAGGGUCAUCCUCACAUACGGAAGGAGGAGCUGGUGUCUGGCGAGCUUCCCAGGAUUGUCCGCCAAGUGUUGCGCCGGCCAGACAUUGACCAGCAAGGACUGUUGGUACAGCAGGACCCAACUGGCCAGCUUCGGCUCCAGCCACUGAGGCUGCCAGCUCCUGGCAACGGUGGGAAUAUUGAAGACCUGGAUCCCGAGCUCCAGCAACUGCUGGCUUGUAGCCUCGGGGCCUCUGUGACAAGGACUGGGCUGGUGAUGCAGGAGACAGAGCAGGGCCUAGUCUCUCUGACGGCCUACUCCCUACAGCCCCAGCUACCCAGCAGGGCCCCCGAAAGGAGAAGUGUGCAGUUGCUGGCCAGCUGCAUAGACAAAGGAGACCUGAGUGGCCUGCACGACCUUCGGUGGGAGCCACCGGCUGACCCAAGUCCAGUGCCAGCCAGCGAGGGGGCCCAGAAGCUUCCCCCAACUGACAACAUCAUUCGUGUUCCUCCACUGGACCCCAGCAUGGGGGUGGGACAUCCCAGAGGCCUGCCUCAGGCCAUUGGAAAGGCAAUCCCUCUGGCUGGGGAAACUGCCACCCCAACCCCAUUGCAGGAUGCAAAGAAACAAGAAGACAGCCAUCACACUGGGCAGAAAGGAAUGGCAGCCAUGGGAAAGUCAGGAGGAGCCAUGGCUACCCCACCAGGGCCUGGGACCCCAGACCUACAGGCAGCCAUGCAGAGUUUGCGGAUGGAAACAGCCAAGGCCCAGAGUCUGCACCAGCAAGUUCUGAACAAGCACAAACAGGCCUCCGCCCCUGCAGCCACCUCCGCACCCGUCCAAGAUGGUCUCCUGAAAGCACCAGCCACUGCCACUGGGGCCACCCAGAGCAACAGCAGGCCCAUGGCCAGAGGUGACUCCAGGAACCCGGCAACUCCCAGAAAGGUCAGUGGGGAAGAGAAAGCACUACCUAGAGGGCUGCCUGAGGGGUGGGUGACGAUUCAGGAUGGCGUCUACACUGCUCACCCUGUGAGGACUUUUGAACCACCCAGGGGUGUCCAACCUUCUGAGAAGGAACCCCAACCAAGGGACAGGCAGACUGUCCUCUCAGCCCAAGCUCCCAGCCCACUCCAGGGAGGCCCAGGUCAGAGUCCUGGGCCAGGGCAGAAGGAGCCUGGAAGCCACACACAGAGAACCUGGGAAUCUCCUGGGAAUCUCCAAUUCUGCUCAGGGGGCCUCCAAGCUGCAAAGACCACCCUAAAGACUGCCCCUUUAGCCCACAACACUCUGCCCUCUGGGGUCCAUGCUGCAGGUGCCAACCGGCACUCCCAUAAUGCCUCUGUUCCUCCUCCUCCUACUCUCCCAGCUGCUGUGACGGGACCUGACUUCUCAGCCCAAGCCCGCCAUGAUGAAGACUCCACCCAACAGACCUCCAAGCCCUUGCAGGACUCCCUUCACAUCCACAGCAGCCCUGCUGGCCAGAAAACCUCUGGGGGGUCACAGACAAAGGCCCCCAAAUUGGAGCCUGCCAUUACUCCAAGGAAGAAACCCCCGGUGCCCCCCAAACCUGCACACCUAGCCCAGACCCACCCUCCUCAGAGGCUGCCCAAGCCUUCAGCUCUCUCUCCCAACUUCUCCUUGCAGACGGGACAACAAAAAUACAAACCAGGUGAGACAGAAGCAGCCAUUCCUCAGCAGGCCAAAAUUCCCACCGCCUCAGGCCAGGGCUGCAUGCCUCUGGUUGUAUGCUCCAGUGGACAGAGCCAUCCUGACCCCCAACACAGCCUCAGCACUGUGGCCUCCAGACCCACCAAGGAUCAUGCUGCUGGCAGCAAUGUCCAGAGCCCUGAGCCCCAUAAGUUCAAUGCUCUCAGUAAUGACUGCACCUCACCGCAGCAGGACUCCAGUCCCCCAAGAGAGCAGCCCAUGGAAUGUUCCAAGCAAGGAGCCCCUGAGAACCCUCAGAUUCUGCAGGGAAGCCAGCAAGAGCUCCAGGGCCUCCUGAGCCAGGUACAAGCUCUGGAGAAGGAAGCAGCAAGCAGCGUGGAUGUGCGUGCCCUGAAGAGGCUCUUUGAGACUAUGCCCCAGCUUGGAGAGGCUGCCUCUCAGGUCUCUGAUGCUCCCUGCAAACCAGAGGUCUCGGUGGAGCAGGCCUUUGGGGAACUGACACGGGUCAGCACAGAGGUUGCUCGCCUGAAGGAACAGACCCUGGCCAGGCUGCUGGACAUUGAAGAAGCUGUACACAAAGCCCUCAGCUCUAUGUCUAGCCUGCAGCCAGAGGUGAACACCAGGAACCAUUCCCAAGGACCCCACAAAGAUCCCAGUACCCAAAAGGUCAGUGUCUUAGCCAGUAGUAGAGCCAGGCCCAGUGACUUAGACCAGGAGGUCAAAGAUCCAAUUGAAGUCAAGAGCCAAGCCAAGGUGGAAUGCCAUACUGAGGACCAGGGUCAAGCCAAUAUCACAAAUCACACAGAGGCCAGAGGUCAGGUUGCUUCAGCUGCUUCUCCUACCAGGAGGCUGGAGACAUUGAGAGAAGAUUCAGGCCUCCCUCGAGUCUUACCUUUCAGCAGAGAUUCACCCUCCUCCCCAACCUUCAUCUCCAUCCAAUCAGCCACACGGAAGCUUCCAGAGGCUUCCAGCCCUAAAGGCAGCCAUGACGUCUCAGGGAAAAGCAUACACUUGGCUCAGGACAUAGGACAGACCCAACUUCACCAGGAAAGUGCCCAGGACCUGGCUAGGAAAAAGGAAGUGGUCACACAGUGCUCUGAGCAGCCCAAGCCUACGCCCACCUCAGAGCGCCCCCUGCCCACAGAGCGGCAAAAGAGUGUCCUGGAGUUGCAGACUGUGCCGGGCGGUUCCCAGUGCUAUGGAGCCACAAGAACCGUGACGGAACAGUAUGAGGAGGUAGACCAGUUUGGGAACACAGUCCUUGCAUCCUCCACUGUAGUCACUGAGCAGGCAGAACCGCUCAGCUGUCCCCACCUGGGGGUCCAUGCCUCCCCCUUGCUGAGGCAGUUCCUGCACAGCCCAGCUGGGUUCAACAGUGGCCUAGAAGAAGCUGAGAUGGCGUGGAUGCCCUACGGCCACUCCUAGCCAGCUGCUCACUGAGCACCUUCACCUCCCACCCAUCACUUGGGUGCCUUCUUCCAGGGCCCCAGGAGUAAGAUGGGUCCCUCCCUCCUGCACACAUAGGGAGAGGACCAAGAAGAAAGGGCAUCUCUAAGGAUUGUUGAGGACUAUUUCUCUUUUGUCAGUUCCAUCAGUAUGCUCAAUUCUUGCAAAUAAAGGGGAAGAAAGGUUAAAAAGAGGCCCACUAAGUAACAGAGGCACGGGGUGAAGACCGCCAGCCCCACUUGUAGAAGAUGUAGCAUGUACACAUGCUGCUCACACAGACCCGGCCCAAGCUUUGACCUGUGGUCAUCUGCACGUCAUUGUCUACAGAGUUGGAACCCCCAGCCUUUCUUUCUUUUAUUAGGAUUCUGAAUGUUCUUAGCCUUCUGCUCCUUAAUCCCUGGAGAAAACCUAACUGGUCACAGCACUGGUCUCUGUUAGGAAUUGGUCUGAGAGACCCAAAAGCACCUGGCCUCCAGUCCCUCCUUCACCACCUUCAUCAUUCAUCUGGUCAUCCUCGUGACCCAAAGGUCACGUGAAAAGAGUUCGAAAUCAACAGGGCCCUUAGGAUCCAAAUGCACUGUCUUUCUCUGCCCCCUCCUGCCCACUGCCCCUCUUCAUCCCAAAUGGGAAAGAUUCUGUCUGAAUAAACCAAAGCUUGAUUCUCUA